GUGUGGUAGCCGUAGUUUACUGUCAAAACGGCCGUCCAGUCGCGCAUGCGCCUUGCCGCUUGUGUAGCCGUCGGCGAUUGCGUCUUGGACAAGCGUUUCACUAAAUAAUUAUUCCUGUAUUAGUACUGAACGCAGUAAAGCCUCGACACAGUUGCCUCAGUACGAUGAACUUGAGUGGGUGCACGUUGAAGUUGAACUGGCUGAGUCUGGUAGCCUCUAAAAAGGGGAAAAGAGAGGCGUGUUAGCGUCCCAUCGUUGAGAAGAGGUCGAUUGUAAAGUGUUGCGAUUGUGGAGUGAAAAUGUGUGCUAGAAAGACAGCAGAGUAUAAGGAAGGACUUUGUGGAACAAAGGUGGACAAGGAGCGACAACGUUACCUUUUCAAGUUGGAACCUCGAGUUGUCUUAGACAGAACAGACCUCCAACAAGAUGAUAUUGUUCCUGAGCAGCAGGAGCCGGAAUCGCUUCAAAUAAAAGAGGAGGAGGAGCCAGAGUCCAUCCAAAUUAAAAAGGAGGAGCCACAGUCCAUCCAAAUUAAAGAGGAGGAAGAGCCAGAGUCCAUCCAAGUUAAAAAGGAGAAGGAGCCAGAGUACUUCCAAAUUAAAAAGGAGGAGGAGCCAGAGUCCAUGGAAGUUAAAAAGGUGGAGGAGCCAGAGUCCAUCCAAAUUAAAGAGGAGGAGGAGCCAGAGCCUCCUCACAUAAAAGAACAGCAGGAGGAUGAAAUCAGUUUUCCAUUGCCUGAUGUCAUUAUGAAGAGUGAAGGUGAUGGAGACCACUGUGGAGGCUCGCAGUCAGACCUCUUCUUGGCUCCACUUUCAGAUGGCGACGACUUCGUGUCACACUCUUCUGACGACGUUGGCGAUAAAGAUGAACACUCGAAAGGUCCUUCGACAUGUCACAAUAACAACAAAUGCAUGAAAUGUUCUCAGUGUGACAAAGCUUUUUUCAACAUGUCAACCUUGAAAGUACACAUCAGCACACACACUGGAGAAAAGCCUUUUGGCUGCUUAGAUUGUGGUAAAAUAUUUUCUAGAAAGGGAGAUUUAAGAGAGCACACAAGAACCCACACUGGAGAAAAGCCUUUUGGCUGCUCAGUUUGUGAGAAAAGAUUUUCAAGAAAGGGGCGUUUAAAAGAUCACUUAAAAACACACACCGGAGUAAAACCUUUUGCCUGUUUAAUUUGUGGUAAAACAUUUGUUUCAAAGACACAUUUAAACAUGCACACGAUGACACACACUGGGGAAAAACCUUUUGUCUGCUCCGUUUGUGAGAAAAGCUUUUCGAGAAAGACACAUUUGAACAGACACACCAAAACGCACACUGGGGAAAAACCUUUUGCCUGCUCAGUUUGUGGGAAAAUGUUCUCUCGAAAGGGACAUUUAACAGAACACUUGAAAACACACACUGGAAUAAAACCUUUUGCCUGCUUAAUUUGUUUUAAAAGAUUCUCUUCUAAGACACAUUUAAGCAGCCACAGGAGAAGACACACUGGGGAAAAACCUUUUGCUUGCUCAGAUUGUGGUAAAACAUUCCCUGAAAAGAGGGAUUUAAGACAGCACACACGAACGCACAGUGGUGAGAAACUGUUUGCCUGCUCAGAUUGUGGUAAAAAAUUUUCUCGAAAGGGAAAUUUAACAGUUCACAUAAGAAAACACACUGAGAAAAAACCUUUUGCCUGCUUAGUUUGUGUUAAAAGAUUCUCUUCAAAGACAUAUUUAAGAAGCCACACAAGAAGACACACUGGAGAAAAACCUUUUGCCUGCUCAGAUUGUGGUGAACGAUUCCCUGAAAAGAGGUAUUUGAGGAAGCAUGCAGAAACGCACAGUGAUGGCAUGUGCAAACGGGUUUAUGAAGAAAAGUCUGAAGAAAUACGUGCAGGCAAUCCCCGAUUAUCCAAGCACCCAAGAUAUCCACUCUCAAAGGAACGGUAACCAUUUUGAAAAGUGCCCUUGGAUACAAUGCUAACAAUGGUUCCGGUGUACAGUAAUAACAAUUCACAUGAACCACACUGUGCAAAAACCUCUGGCCCGUUCAUAUUGUGGUAAAGGGUUUUUGGUUAAAGGACAAUUAAAAAAACACACACUGGGGAAAAAAAUGUCUGAUUAUUUAGAAAAAUUAAUUUCCCAAAUUUUGUCAUGUGCGUUAUAUUUCCUUUUAUUUCUGUCCCUUUUUGGUCUAUUUGUUUAUAAAUGCCUUUGAAUGUCAUACUUUUGAUUAACCUUGCGUAUGAAAUAAAGCCCGAAUGUAAAUGCGUUGA